AUGGAUUUUACCCACAGAUUUGGUGUGCUAACCAUACAGCACCUGCAGAACAACUACAGAGGGUACUACAGGUUUCUCAGCUUCAUGUCGACAGUGGGUGACCCUCGUAAUAUUUUCUCGAUUUACUUCCCACUCUGGUUCCACCUCAGCCACGAUGUUGGCACAAAGAUGAUAUGGGUGGCUGUUAUUGGGGACUGGUUUAACCUUAUUUUCAAAUGGAUUCUUUCUGGGGACCGACCCUAUUGGUGGGUGCAGGAAACUCACUUGUACCAAAACGAUUCAAUACCACAUUUGGAUCAGUUUAGCAUAACAUGUGAAACAGGGCCAGGUAGUCCAUCUGGUCAUGCCAUGGGCUCGUCGUGUGUGUGGUAUGUGAUGAUCACCUCCACUCUGAACAUUGCCUCUGGUGUCCAAAGUUCUCACAGGUUUCACUUCUUGAGAUCCUUUUUGUGGACAGUUUUUUGGGUGAUUCAGAUAAGCGUUUGCAUUUCCCGGGUUUAUGUUGCAACACAUUUCCCCCAUCAGGUCAUCCUUGGCCUUAUCGCUGGAAUGCUGGUUGCGGAGGUGUUUGAUCACAUUCCUUCCAUCUAUAACGCAAGCAUGAAAUCGUACCUCCAGGUCAAUGGUUUUCUUCUCUCCUUUGCCGGUUGCAUUUAUCUGCUCCUAAAGCUCCUGGACUUUGAUCCACUGUGGUCAGUUGUUAAAGCCAAGAAGUGGUGUGAAAACCCCGACUGGAUCCACCUGGACACCACACCCUUUGCUUGUCUGUGGAGAAACCUGGGAGCCUUGUUUGGUCUGGGCCAGGCAGUGAACUCUGAGAUGUUCGUUCAAAGCUGCAAGGGGAAGAAUGGCUCCAAAACAGCAUUCAAGCUCAUGUGCGUGGCUGCAAAUCUCACAUUUCUGCAGCUAUAUGAAUUAAUUAAAAUGCCCACUCACAAUGAGACUCUGUUUUACAUACUGUCGUUUUGUAAAAGCGCUUCCGUACCGUUCGGUGUGGUCGCUGUGAUUCCUUACUCUGUUCAUUUGCUGAUCAGGGAUGAAGAAAGAAAGCUGUCCUAG